AGCAGACGAAGGCUCAGUGUGGCGAGUGACAGGUGAGGGGAGCGUCGUGCCUGAUGCACCGCGGGGAACGACACCAUAUUUCCCUUCCCUGCCGAUUGUUAGCGGUCACUGACAAAGGGGCGAAGGCCGUCUGGGUGGAAGGGCGAAUGAGUGUGGCACAAUGCUGCUCCGUCUGAGGCUGCUGGGACAGGCCGCGUUCCUGGUGGUGGUGGCGGCCAGCCUGAUCCUCCUGUUCGCGGGGCGCGAGCCGAGGGCCAGCCCCGGGGACACCUCGCCCGUGGCACAGCGCCCGCGGCCCAGCCAGCAGGCGCGGGGCCGGGGACCGGGGCUGAAGCAGGAGGGGGAGGGAGACGAGGGGCAGAACGAGGAGGAGGAGGAGGAGGAGGCCAACCUGCCGCCGCAGGAAGCCGUUCCGCUGAGCUCGCAGGAGAACGACCUCCUGUACAGGCCGCCCCUGGACAUCGCCCUCAUCUUCACCCACGCCAAGGACAACGCGCCCUUCCAGUACAAGCUCCGCGUCGCAGUGGGGUCGCUGCUGCAGGCGGCGUCGGCUCCCCUGCGGCUGCACCUCAUCACGGACGCCGACGGCUUCCACAUCGCCUCGCAGGUCAUCACCGAAGUGCAGGCCGGCAGUCAGCUGGACUCCAGAUACGUCAAGCUGGUUUAUGUAGCAGCGGAGGACUUCAUCCCGGAAAUCGAGAGCUCGGUAACUGUCCUGCAGGACUUCUUCACUACGAGGAGGGAUGCCUACUACCGAGACGCGCUGUUUUUCUUUUCUCUCUUCUUGCAUAGACUCCUGCCAGGCUUGGAGCGUAUCAUGCUCAUGGAUAUAGAUAUUAAGGUGAAGGGAGACAUCGCCGAGCUCUACUCCCACUUUGAGCGCUUCAGCCCAACCAACGUCAUGGGGAUGUCCCUAGAGCAGUCUCCCGUGUACCUCCACCUGCUCUCGCUCUAUCGUCGCAGCAACCCUAAGACGACCCUGGGCAGUCCACCGGGUCAGGGGGGCUUCCCAGGCUACAACAGCGGUAUUGUUUUGGUCGACAUCGAGAGGCUCAGGAACUCCAAGAUUAUUAGCAGAUACUUGUCUCGAUCAACGCUCACAGAGAAGACAAAACAGUAUAGCUUCCAGGGCCACUUGGGGGAUCAGGACCUGUACACCCUUAUUGCUUUCGACCACCCUGAGCUCUUCUACACUCUCCCCUGUGGCUGGAACCGACAGCUGUGCGAGUGGUGGAGGGGCCAUGGGUACCAGACAGUGUUCGACCAGUAUUUCAACUGCACGGGCGAACUCAAGAUCAUACAUGGGAACUGCAAAACCGAGAUUCCAGAAAACUUGUGAUAUUGUCCAUGCCCUCCACUGGUAUGGGACCAGCAUUGUUGUCAGUCGUUAGCUUUUACAACCUCAGCAAAGGAAUUGGUAAAAAAAUUCUAAAUUUAUUGAUAUAAACCUUCAUAUUGGAAAAUCUCACCAAAUGAAUAGGCAGUCCUUCCACAGUAUCUUAAAUGUUUUUAUAUGAUCUUUCUUAAAAAAAACAACAUAAACACAACAAAGGUAAGAGAGUCACUUCUCUAUUCGUAGCUUUCUGCUGUGAUAAUUCUUUGUUCCCUACCUGUGCUGUGAUCUCUGGUAAAAGGGAAGAUGGAA